ACAGAGGGAGUAUUUUUUACAUUCCACAAAACAUGACAUUAACCAACAAUCUAGGUCGUCCUGAGUUAAACAAGAUGGAACAAGAAGCACCAUGGAGAGUACUUGAGUUCUACAGUGGCAUUGGUGGCAUGAGAUAUUCUUUGAUGAAGGCUGGUGUGAAUGCCCAGUUUGUAGAAGCUUUUGAUAUCAAUGACUUGGCUAAUGAUGUCUACCAACACAAUUUUGGCUCCCGCCCCUAUCAAGGUAACAUUCAGAACUUGAGCGCGGCUGAUCUUGACAGCUACAAGGCGAAUGUGUGGCUUCUAUCUCCUCCUUGCCAGCCAUACACUCGACAAGGCCUACAGAAACACUCCGGUGAUGCCCGGGCAUCCUCUUUUCUAAAGAUCAUUGACCUUAUACCACAAACCUCACAGCCUCCACUCAUGUUGUUUGUAGAGAAUGUGGUUGGAUUUGAGACAUCUGAUACACACAGCAAAAUGCUGGACAUGUUGGAACAAAAUCAUUUUACGACACAAGAGUUCAUUUUGAGUCCUUUGCAGUUUGGUGUGCCAUAUUCUAGGCCUCGUUAUUUUUGCCUGGCUAAAAGAAAACCUUUAUCUUUUCGAAACAUGGCGUUGAACAAACAACUGGUUUUGGACCCAAGUCCAUUACUUGGGCAUGAUAAAGAUAUGAUCAGUGGAGGUGAUCAAUUACGGAGAAAUUCAGAUAAUUUGCCUAUCACUUGUGAGGCCAUUGAAAGUUUUUUGGAGUACCCGAGCUUCAGCAAUGCAUUUAAUCCGGAAUCGUGUUUGCCUGCUCAUAUUUCCAGAAGUUCGGAAGCUGUAGAUGAACUUGUCUCUGGUACUCUGAACCAGUACAUUGUGCCAUUAAGCUUAAUAGAGAGAUGGGGCAGUGCCAUGGAUAUCGUAUUUCCUGAAUCGACGCGUUGUUGCUGCUUUACAAAGAGUUACUAUAGAUAUGUUAAGGGGACAGGAUCUCUUCUGUCAACUGUCCAGUCUCAGACUAAGGAUAAGACAUCUUCAUUGGUGGAGUCAGGUCUUAGAUACUUUACCCCCAGGGAGGUUGCCAAUCUGCAUUCCUUCCCAAAGGAAUUUCAGUUUCCUGAAUACACAAGCCUUCGCCAAAGAUAUGCAUUGCUUGGAAACAGCUUGAGCGUAGCAGUGGUUGCUUCAUUGCUUUCCUAUCUAUUCAGUGAACCUUAGCAAGUACUUAGUCAAGAGCUAUCCUGGGCAUCAAAACUGUCUGAGAAAUUGUUGCAUUAUCCCGUGCUGUGUAUGAACUAUGAAGCCUACAUAUCAAUGACACAUAUCCAUAUCAAUCACUUCUUUUGGAUAUUGCUCGACUGCUCGUGAAGCUUGACUUCUUAUUAAAAGUAUCUGAUGCAGUCAAUUUACUUAAUCGAGUAAGAUGAACUGUUCAAGAUAAAGUUAAUGAUGAUUUAGUCAAUUUUGUGGAACUGACAGUAGCUGAGCAAACUCUGUAUGGAGGCAUGGAGCUAAGGAAUUUCACAAGGCUUCAGCUGAUUAAAAAUUUUACAGGUAUCAUUCUUGUUGUCAGGUGGAAAUGCCCUGACUUUGACUCAUCUAAUUCAUCAUGAACUUUCCAUGGAAAAGCUUCCUGUUGAAGUUUGUCUUGGUAAAAUUCAAUAUUUUUGGCUGUUUUGUUGUAAAAUAAAGGAACUGUAUGUUUGUGGAUAUUGUAGCAUAUUUUAUUUUUCCAGGAAAGAAAUUUUUAGCUGAUAUUUUUACAGAAAA